GUCUUCUCACCAUGACCUGGAGAUACUGCGUGCAACCUCAACUAUACAGACGGCUUCACUACAGUCGUCACCUGUUCACAUGUCCUCUCUGGCCUGUGCGGAAUUACUCCCAAUCCACUCACCCUCUCCUUGAUCCAACCGAAAAGCUCGAGGAAGAAACCCUGCCGUGGUACUCACCUGAGAGAUACUACCCUGUGAGACUUGGUGAGAUAUUCCAAUCGCGGUAUCAAGUCGUUGGAAAACUGGGCUACGGGGGAUACUCUACCAUUUGGUUGUGCAGAGAUCUGUGUCAGCGCAGCAAAUAUGUCACGCUGAAAGUCUUCGAGUGCAAUUCGACAGAAGCACAAAGAGAGAUAUCAGCUUACAAUCAUCUGAAUUCACUUGAUGUACCAGAUCAUGCUGGUGCCAAGCUUAUCCGAAGAGCAUUGGGUAGCUUCCAGAUCGCAUCCGAGAAAGGCACGUUCGAAUGUCUCAUCCAUCCACCUCUUGGAAUGAGUAUGCACGGAUUUCGCAUCCAACUCAGGGCCAGAGUACUUCCAGAGAAUAUAGUCAAGUUGACUUUAAUGCAUAUUCUUCUCGCUCUGGAUUAUCUCCAUAUGGAGGCUGGAUUUGUCCAUACAGAUAUCCGGGAAAAGAAUAUCAUGAUGGGAAUUGAAGAUCCUUCUAUUCUAUCUCACUUCGAAGAAGAAGAAAGAUCCAAUCCCAGCCCUCGCAAAUUUGCUGGCGAUCGGGAGAUCUACACAUCCCGGAAACUCAGAAUAACCAAGCAACAUGGUCGUCCAACGCUAUGCGAUUUCGGCCAGGCUCGCUUUGGAUCGAGUUUCUACUCUGGGGAUAUUCAGCCUUAUAUAUACCGGGCGCCUGAGGUAAUAUUGCGAUUGCCCUGGAAUGAGAAGGUGGAUAUUUGGAAUAUUGGAGUAUUGACUUGGGAUAUCUUCCAACAAGGACAUCUAUUCUACGGUCGAGAUCCUGAAAGCCCUUCUGAUGCUCAUCAUCUCGCUGAAAUGGUUGCUAUUAUGGGACUACCACCAAAGGAUAUGGUGCAGAACAGCGGAUAUGCAACCACGUUCUUCGACGCCGAGGGGAAUUGGAAGGGAGCUGUUGACAUCCCUGCUAUCUCUCUAGAGAAGCUUGAAGGAAAUCUGCAAGGUGAAUCACAGCAACUCUUCCUCCGGUUCAUUCGGGAAACCCUCAAAUGGAAUCCCGAUGAGCGGCCAUCAGCAAGAGACCUUCUAGACGAUCCCUGGCUACGGUCAUCAUAACUGUUUGAUGUAAUCUAGUCAUGAUCAUAACGAGAUAAUAAACCUACUCCCAUCCACAUCUACACACACUGUCAUCGCACAUAUAAUAAACGCAUUAUACCAUCUUAAUCAACUACUUCUUUCUCUUCCCACCAAAAUUGUACACGAGGCUCUUGAGCAGAGUUAAAGUCUCAUUUAUACAUUCCUCGUUGCGGCCGCAAACCGUUUUCGAUCAAAAGUACCUAAUUCGACCCUUUGACCCUGCGAGUCGAUAGAGAGGACUCUAUUAUCUGUUGAGAUGGCCAGAAUCCAUAGAUCCUGCUCACUCGAAGAAGUUUUGUCGAAGGAGGAUAGCUCGUGUUUCUCUCAAAACCUUCUCCGUUAUUUGCAAUUGUGUCUUCCUUACGUUAAUAGUUAUGUAGAGAAUAUCCAAAGGGGGAUAGACUUGCAACUUACCCUGCCAUUUUUCAAUUGAAUCUAUC